AUGACUACUUUUUCAGCAUCUUUUACGGCUGCUACUCUGCCUGAGCUAAUCUUUCUCUCCCCUCAAAACCCAACAAAAAGAAGAAAGCUUUCUCUCUCUAGAGUCCAUUAUCUUGAGCCCAGAGGCAGGACCAGGAUUCUUGCAAGAAUCCGAGCUGUCCGGAGAGAAGAAAGUGUUGUUCUCGAUGAGAAAGACAGAGAGUUGGAGAUUAAGCUAAAUGCCGGUGUGAAUGGUAAUGGAAAACCCGGUUACAGUAAUGGCUUUGCUGGGAAUUACACUAAUGGGAGCGUGGAAGUUGGGAGUGGAGAUAGCAAUUUGGUGAAGCGUUUGAAUGGGGUUGAGAAUGGAAGCGUGGCUGCGAGGAGUGUAGUGGAAGUAGUGAAAUUGGAUGAAGUGGUUAAUGAGAAGAAGACUAUAGAAGAAAUUGGACAAGAGGACGCUUGGUUUAAGAGAAAAGGCCAAGAUCAAGUUGAGGUAUCUGUUGCCCCUGGUGGCAGAUGGAACAGAUUCAAAACAUACUCAACUAUUCAAAGGACUGUAGAAAUUUGGGGAUUUGUUUUCAGCUUCAUAUUCAAGGCUUGGUUGAACAAUCAGAAGUUCUCAUACAGAGGUGGAAUGACAGAGGAGAAAAAGACUAAGAGGAGAAAGGUACUGGCCAAGUGGUUGAAGGAAAGUAUAUUGAGGUUGGGCCCCACUUUCAUUAAAAUUGGCCAGCAGUUCUCGACACGAGUAGACAUUCUUGCUCAAGAAUAUGUCGAUCAAUUGUCUGAGCUUCAGGAUCAAGUUCCUCCUUUUCCAUCAGAAACAGCUGUGUCGAUAGUCGAGGAAGAACUUGGAGAUUCUGUAGAUGGCAUAUUUGAUAGAUUUGACCAAGAGCCGAUUGCUGCUGCAAGUCUUGGUCAGGUUCAUCGUGCAAAAUUUAGGGGACAGGAAGUUGUCGUAAAAGUACAAAGACCUGGGCUGAAGGACCUGUUUGACAUUGACCUUAAAAAUUUGAGGGUGAUAGCUGAAUAUCUUCAGAAGAUUGAUCCAAAAUCUGAUGGUGCAAAAAGGGAUUGGGUGGCUAUCUAUGACGAAUGUGCAAGUGUCUUGUAUCAGGAAAUUGACUACACCAAAGAAGCUGCAAAUGCCGAGCAAUUUGCAAAUAAUUUCAAAGACAUGGAUUAUGUGAAAGUCCCAACCAUAUAUUGGGAAUACACAACCCCACAGGUUUUGGUGAUGGAAUAUGUUCCUGGAAUCAAAAUUAACCGUAUACAAGCUCUAGAUCAGUUAGGCGUUGAUCGAAAGAGGUUGGGACGGUAUGCUGUAGAAUCUUACCUGGAGCAAAUUCUGUCUCAUGGCUUUUUCCAUGCUGACCCAGUAAGCAGUAGUCCACUAAGCUUUAAUGAUGUUAAUGGUGGAAGAUUAAUCUUCUAUGAUUUUGGAAUGAUGGGAAGUAUUAGUCCAAACAUCAGAGAAGGUCUGCUGGAAGUAUUUUAUGGGGUUUAUGAGAAAGAUGCUGAAAAGGUUCUUCAAGCUAUGGUGCAAAUGGGUGUUUUGGUGCCUACUGGAGAUAUGACUGCCGUCAGACGAACAGCUCAGUUCUUUCUCAACAGGUUUUCCCACUGUGAAGACUUGCUGGCAAUUGCUGCAGAUCAACCAUUCCGUUUUCCAGCUACUUUCACAUUUGUUGUUAGAGCUUUCUCAGUGUUGGAUGGUAUUGGGAAGGGACUUGAUCCUCGAUUUGAUAUAACUGAAAUUUCUAAACCCUAUGCUCUAGAAUUGUUAAAGUUCCGUGAAGCUGGUAUGGAAGUCAUCAAAAAGGCAAAUUUCUCAAAACCUCCUUUUAGCAUGACAUAUGACUUGAAGAACAGAUGGGAUAGACAAUCUCGUGCAUUUUACAAUCUGUUUAGGCAGGCUGAUAGAGUUGAGAAACUUGCUGAGAUUAUCCAACGAUUGGAGCAAGGCGAUUUGAAGCUUCGUGUACGAGCUUUGGAAUCUGAGAGGGCCUUUCAACGUGUGGCAGCUGUUCAAAGCACAAUUGGAAGUGCGAUUGCGGCUGGAAGCUUAAUCAACCUGGCCACUGUUUUAUAUCUCAAUUCUAUUCAAACACCUGCUACAAUUGCAUACUUCCUCUGUGCGUAUUUCGGCUUGAAGGUUCUGAUUGGCAUUGUGAAAGUUAAGAAAUUUGAUCAAAGAGAGAAGCUGAUAACUGGAACUGCUUAAAGAAAAUGAGUUUUGUGUGACUCGGGAGAUUUUUCACGCUGCUGCAAGAUUCAACGCGGAUCAAACUUUGGGGCUACACGAGUAUGUUGCUUGCAAAAGUUAUAUAUUCAUGCAAUAUUUUUUUUUUUUUUUUUUUU